GAAAAACCAUUUCUUUUUACAAAAUGAGAAGAAACAAACUUCCAUCUUCUUCUUGCCACAAAUGGGGAUGGGAGUGACCUUUUCUCCUUCUCCUCUGUUCUUCUUCUUCCUCCCUUGACCCCCAAAUUCCCCUCUUCUCCUCCUCUUUUCCCUACUGCAAUAGCUCCCACCUUACCCCUCCCCAAACCCUAAACUCUGGUCCAAAUUAGUCCCUCUUUUCUCCCAAGUUUCCAUCUUUCCUCAGCAACCAAAUCCCUCGACCCCAAACCUCACCUUAAAACCCUCCAAUGCGUCAACUUUAUCAUACGCUUCUCUGAGAGAAAAAUACCUAAAAAGAAGAAAAACCUAACCCUUCCUUCUCCCACAAAACCCAGAACCCAUUUCCCCCAGAAGUAGCCUGCAAUCCCCCAAAUCCUCUAUAAAGAUUCGAUCUUUUUCAAGAAGCCAAACCAAAACCCCGUUUUUACUUCUCUUGGGGGCAUUCAAGAACCCCUCCUUUGAUUUUCAGCUGAAAUUUCACUUUGUAGUUGGAAUUAAUUUUGUUUCCAAAUGAAGCAAUCUUCCUCUUCCCAGCCUCCCCCGUCCUCCUCGAAGCCGGCGUCGGUCCUCCCCUACAAGACGCCGAACCUCCGGGACCAUUAUCGCAUCGGCAAGAAGCUCGGGCAGGGGCAGUUUGGCACGACGUACCUCUGCGUCGACAAGGCCGACGGCGCGGAGUACGCCUGCAAGUCGAUCCCGAAGCGCAAGCUCCUCUGCCGGGAGGACUACGAGGACGUGUGGCGCGAGAUCCAGAUCAUGCACCACCUCUCCGAGCACGCCAACGUGGUGCGCAUCAAGGGCACCUACGAGGACGCCCUCUUCGUCCAUCUCGUCAUGGAGCUGUGCGCCGGCGGCGAGCUGUUCGACAGGAUCAUCCAGAAGGGGCACUUUACCGAGCGGAAGGCGGCGCAGCUGAUCAAGACCAUUGUGGGAGUGGUCGAGGCGUGCCACUCGCUAGGUGUCAUGCAUCGGGAUCUCAAGCCGGAGAAUUUCCUCUUCGCCAGCGCCGACGAGGAUGCGAUGCUGAAGGCCACGGAUUUCGGGCUCUCGGUGUUCUACAAGCCAGGUGAGACAUUUUCUGAUGUUGUGGGAAGUCCCUAUUAUGUUGCACCCGAGGUAUUGCGUAAACAUUAUGGUCCAGAAGCAGAUGUCUGGAGUGCUGGAAUCAUUUUAUAUAUUCUGUUAAGCGGUGUUCCACCUUUUUGGGCAGAAACUGAAGCAGGGAUCUUCAGACAGAUUUUACAAGGGCGUUUGGAUUUUGAAUCUGAACCUUGGCCUGGCAUUUCUGACAGUGCUAAGGAGCUGAUACGUAAUAUGCUAAAUCGGGAUCCAAAGAAAAGAUUUACAGCUCAUGAAGUUCUUUGUCACCCAUGGAUUGUAGAUGACAAAGUGGCACCUGAUAGGCCUCUGGAUUCUGCUGUCUUAUCACGCCUGAAGCAGUUCUCAGCAAUGAACAAACUAAAAAAGAUGGCUUUGCGGGUUAUUGCAGAAAAUCUUUCAGAGGAAGAAAUUGGUGGCCUAAAAGAGCUGUUCAAGAUGAUUGAUACUGACAAUAGUGGGACAAUAACAUUUGAUGAACUAAAAGAUGGCUUAAGACGAGUAGGGUCUGAUCUGAUGGAGUCUGAAAUUCAGGCACUUAUGGAUGCGGCUGAUAUCGACAACAGUGGCACAAUAGAUUAUGGUGAAUUUCUUGCUGCAACUGUGCACAUGAAUAAGUUGGAGAGAGAAGAAAACUUAAUAUCAGCAUUCUCCUUUUUUGACAAAGAUGGAAGUGGUUACAUAACCAUUGAUGAACUCUCACAGGCAUGUCAAGAAUUUGGUCUUGAUGAUGUUCAUCUUGAUGAGAUGAUUAGAGAAGUUGAUCAAGACAAUGAUGGACAAAUAGACUACAGUGAGUUUUCAGCAAUGAUGAGAAAGGGCACUGGAGGAAUUGGCAGGAGGACCAUGAGAAACAGUUUGAAUAUUAGGUUGGGUGAUGUCUUGAAGACAGCGGAACACUAGGACUGCACAACGCCGAUGCAUCUUAGAGAGACAGUUUUCGAAGAAGCCACAGCUUUUUGAAAUUAUUGUAUGACUAGGUAUAUUUUUUGGGAGUGGGAUGGAUGUUUUGGCUCUCUGUUGCUAUCAUGGAUGAAAUAUUUUACGAGGCAGCUUGCAUUGAGUAGAGAGCCAUGUGAUAGCCAUCCUUGUAUCCAGGUUCAGUGACUGGAGUUAUUGUUUACAUGAACUAUAUAUGUUAAUGCAUCUCUAGGUGCUAUUGGAGGAUAUUGUCUUAA